AGUAGCACCCUGACUAUCAGCUGAGCGACCACAACACCCACACUUGCUCAGACCAGGGCCAGUGAUCAGUACUGAUCCCGGACUCAACUGCUUCAGCCUGAGCAACAUGUUUGAGACUGCAGAGCUGUACUUCAAUGUGGACCACGGCUACCUGGAGGGCCUGGUGCGAGGAUGCAAAGCCAGCCUCCUAACUCAGCAGGACUAUGUCAACUUAGUGCAGUGUGAGACCUUGGAAGAUUUGAAAAUUCAUCUCCAGACCACUGACUAUGGCAACUUCCUGGCUAAUGAAACAAACCCUCUCACUGUUUCCACAAUUGACACGGAGAUGAGGAGGAAGCUCUGCAGAGAGUUCGACUAUUUCCGAAAUCAUUCCUUGGAGCCCCUGAGCACAUUUCUCACCUACAUGACAUGCAGCUAUAUGAUAGACAACAUAAUUCUCCUGAUGAAUGGGGCACUGCAAAAAAAAUCUGUGAAAGAAGUUCUAGCCAAGUGUCACCCACUGGGCCGUUUCACAGAGAUGGAAGCAGUCAACAUUGCAGAGACCACCUCAGAUCUCUUCAAGGCUGUGCUGGUCGAAACACCAUUAGCUCCAUUCUUUCAAGAUUGUAUGUCUGAAAAUACUCUUGAUGAACUGAAUAUUGAAUUACUGCGCAAUAAACUAUACAAGUCUUACCUUGAGGCAUUCUACAAAUUCUGCAAGGAUCAUGGUGAUGUCACGGCAGAAGUUAUGUGUCCCAUUCUUGAGUUUGAGGCCGACAGACGUGCUUUAAUCAUCACUCUGAACUCAUUUGGCACUGAGCUUAGCAAAGAAGACAGGGAGACCCUUUUCCCCACCUGCGGCAAGCUCUAUCCGGAGGGGCUGCGGUUGUUAGCUCAAGCUGAAGACUUUGAGCAGAUGAAGAGAGUGGCAGAUAAUUAUGGAGUUUACAAGCCUUUGUUCGAUGCUGUGGGUGGCAGUGGGGGGAAGACACUGGAAGAUGUUUUCUAUGAGAGAGAGGUACAAAUGAACGUGCUGGCAUUCAACAGACAAUUCCACUGCGGUGUGUUUUAUGCUUAUGUAAAGCUGAAGGAGCAAGAGAUGAGAAAUAUCGUGUGGAUAGCAGAAUGCAUCUCACAGAGACAUCGAACUAAAAUCAACAGCUACAUUCCAAUUUUAUAAGCCAGUAUGGGGGCCUCAAGUGCAGAAGAUCAUACGUGUUGAAAGGAAGUUACUGAGGAAAGGAAAGGGGAUUGUGUUACAUUAUCUAGAUUAUAUAAAAGGAAGUCAUACCACUUUUCCCUCUACCGCAUGUGCACUGGAAGCCCAGUAAUUAGAGCUUGAAAC